AUGCAUUCUAGAUCUAUUCUAAUAUCUAUCUUAUUAAUGUUAGCAACUAAACCAUGGUCUAGUUCAAGCACUAUUGUUAGUGAAUUAGAAAUGUCAACUAAGCCAUUACAAAAAACAUCAGGAACGACGGAUUAUUCAACAUUUUGCUUGGCACCAAUAAUUAAUAAUAAUCCUACUGAUGUGAUUUAUAAAGCAAAUUUCUAG